AUGGAGCCUGCCAACAACUUUUGCGAAGCUCCCAACUCCACGACCAACUUCGCGUCUGUCCUGGCGGGCCAGAACAUCCGGGCUGUCUCAGACAGCAUCGAGCACUCCCCUCACAAGAGCAUGCACAUCACCUUGUCCGGCGCCAUGAACAACGUAUACUUGUCCCCCAUCGAGUCGACUUGCACCACGCCACCAUCGACGCCUUCCACACCAUCUACCACGAGUGCCGCAUACGCGGCCACCACCUCACCGAAGCCCAGCGCCGCACGUCGCCCGCGGCCUUCCAAGGCUGCUCGGUCAACGACCACCGUUCCCGUGCACCACGAGCCCAGCGUCAAGGCGUUCUUCGCCGGCUUCCCCAUCAUGCACCACGCCAUGACCGACGCCACCCAGGUCAACGAGCACAGCUAUGUCUACCAGUUCGAGGGGCUGCUCGGGGACGUCUAUUCCAACUGCGACAUGGCCGGCGCCGCGACCACUCGCCGCCGCCUGCAAGCCUGCCCUCAACGCGCGCUCGAACUCGCCGCGGACGAGAUCGACCGAGAAAUCGUCAAGAUCCGAGCCAUGUACUUUGACCACUACCUCGGAGGCACCACCGACUUUCCCGCCGCCUUUAAGACGUCCCUCCACGACGGCGAGAGCCCCGCGUUGACUCUGGUUCAUUACAUCCGCUCCGGCGCCGACCCCAUCUGUAUUGCGUCCUGGCCGGUCCUCAACGAGUUCCACUUUGGUUGCCGCGGCGACGGCCCCUCGUCGUAA